AUGCGAGGCAAAGAGCCAAACACUUUGUGGAAAAGAUAGCUUCUUAAGUUUUUAAUCAAUAAAGAGAACUAUAUUUUUCACAAAGUCCUUUCUUUCGGCCAAGUUUUUAAGCCCGGAAUCGAGCGUGAAAAAAGAGCAAAAAAGUAAUUAUUAAGCUCUCUAAAAAAAGUAUUACACAAAGCACUCUUUCCUGUAGGUACCUUUGAAUUGAUGAGCAGUAGUAGAGCAUUGAGAGACCUUGAGCUUUUAAAAUCAAAUAACAUAGAAAGAAAAAAAUUAAAAUUCAAAUAAAAUUUAAAUUUAAAAUUAAAAUUAAAUAAAACAAAAUAAAAGAAGAAAAAUAAAAAAAGAAUAAAACUCUAACUGAAAAACUAAGAUAAAAAAAUACAAAUAAAUAAUAAAAAAAUAAUAAACAGAUUAAAACUAAAUACAAAUUUAUUAAUGAAUAUCUUUAAUAUAUUUGAAAAUUCAAACUUAAAUAAUGCAUUUUUUAAAAAGUAAAAAUAAUAUGGAGAUACUCAAUUUUAUUUAAUAUUAAUAUAAUAUUUAAAUUGUGAAAAAUUAGAGUGUAGAUUAUUUAAGUUAAACUAAUAUAUUAGCGUUUGUAUUCUAGUUAAAAUUAAUUGA